AUGACAAUCAACAUGAUCUUCGGAGGAAAUGAGGUCAUUGGGCUGACAUUUUUGGCAGCAAAGAAGAUGAAGAAAUCGGUGACUCAUGGCAAGAGAAUCCAAGAAGUCUCAGAAAACGACAUCACCUUCACAGAGGAGGAUGUUGAUGAACUUCUUCUACCGCACAAUGAUGCAAUGGUAAUCUCUCUCAUUAUUUUAUAUUUCAAAAUUAAGCGUGUUUUGGUUGAUCCGGGAAGUUCAACCAACAUCAUACAAUGGAGAGUUCUGGAGCAAGCUAAGUUAACCGGAAAUAUCAUUCCGGUGACAAAACUUCUAGUUGGCUUCAAUCAAAUAAGUGUGACAACCCAAGGAGAAAUUUUGCUGCCCACGCAUGCCGAAGGCAUAACAAAGACCACCCUAUUCGAAGUAGUAGAUAGCGACAUGGGAUAUAAUGUAAUCCUCGGAAGGCCAUGGAUACAUGAGAUGAGAGUUGUGCCCUCAACCUAUCAUCAACUGUUGAAGUUUCCGACACCAGAAGGGAUCAAGAAGAUCAGAAGAGAUCAAACGGUAGCGAGGAAGAUGAAUGCAAUAACAGUUUCCAACAGCAAGGGCAAAGAAUCCGGCAAAUAG